UCACUUCCGUUGCUGCGACACGGGACGUCAACAAACAUGGCCGACAGAGAGAAACGCCGGUCCGCCGGGUCUCCCGCCGCGGUAGUGGCUGAGCCGGGCCAGGGAACCAAAGCUUCCGGUCCGGGGACCGACCGAGAAUUUCUGUCGCAGGCGGGCAUCGGCGAGUUGCUUCGCGGGGCCGUGUUGAAGAUGGUGGAGGCCCGGCCGGACGACCCAAUUGGCUUUCUGGCCGACCACUUCGGCAGCCUGGCCGCCGCAGUGGUGGAGAACGGGUGCGACGACCAAAAGGAGCCCUGUCAGGUUGACGGCCUGUCAGGGGAAGGAGCAGGAGGUGCCCGGGCUCAGCAGCGACUCAACCGGGCACUGUGGCACCUGCGCCUGGCUCACCACUCGCAGAGAUCUGCAUUUGGCAACAACAUCCGUGUGGCUUACGACCUCCUGAGUGCCACGGGACCCUUCCAGCACGCAGGCGAUGGCAGCCCCACGGGAGCUUCGGGUGGUGGGGUGAGGGGUGGCCUAUACACUCAGACCCUGCGGUGUUUGUGCGGCGAGGGCGGCGUCCCGGCCUCCACCUCCGCCCCGCUACUGUGCCGCCUCCACUGCCAUGACCACGAGGCCGUCCCGUACGGUGUCUUCCGCCACGGUGUGUUGACGUGUGCCGUUUUCUCCGACUACAUCCGCCUGGCCCAGCGGCUCUACGCCCAGGUCUGUCGCCCGGACGAGGGUCCGGCUUCACGGGCCCCGUGCCUGGCUGUGCUGGGUGCUCUGAGGCAGGCUUUGGAGACGUCGCAUGAUGCCGACAACCCCAGCGUCCAGGCGCUGCGUCGCCUGGAGGCCAGCGCCAAGAUGUCGCCGCACCAGCUGGCAUGCGCGAUGACUGAUGCACAGACACGAGACCCGGCUGGACAUAUGGACGCCAAGGAAUUUGAAAACGCCGCCGCAGAACUCUUUAUCGCACGUGUCAAAGUGGUCUCGUAG